GGACUAGUUGCAUUUUCCUUUGCUACCGCCAUGCUCACAUGGAGCCUGCGUGUGAAAGGGGCCGUCUAUGUAGCACUAUUCGCGCCAAUGUCAAUUGUCACUGCUGCAAUUAUGGGUGUGAUUUUGCUAGGUGAUUCUCUCUAUAUCGGAAGUGUUGUUGGUGCGUUAAUAGUAUCCUUUGGAUUUUAUGUGAGCUUGUGGGGAAAAGCAAAAGAAGAAACAAUGGAUUUGGGAGUUAGUAGUAACUUGGAAUCACAAUGUCCAGAAAAUGUUCCUCUAUUGCAGUGA